CCCAAAAAAAAAUUCCCUAGACCUUUGAUGAAUGGAGCUGAAAACUUGAAAAUAUCAAAAUAAUAAGAGUAGCUGAUCCACUUGCAAGAGAAAUUUAGAGAACGAUAGAAGCUUUUUUUUUUCUUUCCCCUUUCACGUGAUUUUCUACCUACCAUGAAGAGGACAAUGCCAUGGAGUGAUGAUGAUGAUGACUCCUCGGGUGAUGAGUCGCCGGCUUCGCAUUCCGACUCUGACAACGACAAUGAAGCCAGUGGGAAGAAAUCAAAAGGAAAAUCUGGGAAGCAGAAAAGUGUUGCAAUUGACUUUGAAGCUCUGAGGCGGCAUGGAUAUAAAGGUGGACCGUCGGUAUUGAGGGUACCCCCGCCGAAAGAAGGCGACACAAAGCAGGAUUGGUCUUGGUCCACUAGAAGAGACAAGCGUGACAACAAGGAAACUGAAGAAUCGUACGAACAGCGACAGAAAACAAGAGAGGCUAUAUCGACUGGAGAGCAGCUGGCGACUGUUCAGACUCGGAACGAUAAGAAGAAUCUUUCAUUCUCUCAGAAGGAAAAGAGGAAAAGAGAACUUGGUCAGGCAAGUAGAGGGAAAAGUUAUGUUGAAGAAGAGAAGAGGUUGUUGAGGGAAAGUGGUAUAUAUUCUGGUUUUGAUUCUUGAUUUGCUAGGGUAGAAUCCACUUCAUCAUGUAGAAAAAAGUUCUCUAUCAUCUGUGGUUUUUGUUGUAAUGAAAAAGAUUUGUUUUUAGUAACUUGAAAGUGUGAAACAUCAAACAUAUGAAUUAGAGGGAUGUUUUUAUGGUUUUAGGAAA